GUGGGAAACAUUGCAAUGUCAUUUAAUUGAUAAGAUAUUCUAGUCCAGUGGAUUUAAAGGAAAAGUUAUCUCAUAAACUACUAAAUGAUAGCUGAUGGUGUGGGAGCUGGCUGCUGUAGAUUUGUCAUUACUCCAGCUACAAACAGUCUAAAUCACUAGUAUUGGUGGCUGGACCAAAGUAAGUGUAUCUUUGCUAUUUUUUUCCAAUAGGAGCUGGCUUACCAGAAUCCUUUGAAGUGCUUUUACUGGAAUUAUUCUUAUUUUACUUGCUGCAUUCCCGUGGGGACUGUGUAAUUGUUCCUUCAGUCCUAGAGGGCUUCUAUAGUUCUACAGUAGUAUGUCCUAACACCCAUGUUGAGCUACACGUACAGGACCAAAGGCCCACAAGUGAAUUUUCAGAGCGCCGAAGUAGGAUAACAGCAAGAUGGUGCUGUGCUCAAGGACAAAAAUACUUUAUAAGGAAGUGCGGAUAGUGAAUGUUCGAGGAGCUGUGCCCUGCCCGCGGUGUCCCGGGGGCGGCGCGGGGCCGAGCUCGCCGUGCCCGGCGGUGGCGCCCGGCGGAAGGGGCGGAGCGGGGCGGCCCCAGCGCGCCCGGGCCGCGCUCCGCUCGGGGAGCGCUGCCGGCAGCCUGGAGGGGCGGCGGUGCGGGCUUGCUUCGCCCGCGGGCAACACGGGGCUGCUGAGGGGGUUCUGUGGGCAGCCGCCAGAAGGGAUGGGGCAGUGCCGUGCUUCCCCGUGACAGCCUCUGGCGCCUGCAGCUCCCGCAGCUCCGCGUCGGGCGUGCCGCGGGUCUGAGCGCGGUCGCGGGUGUGUUGGCGGCUCCGCUGCGGCCGUGACCCAGCAGAAGGCCCGGUGACCCGAGUUCCGUGCUGGCCAAGACAGCGGCAGGGCUCUGCAGGGACGCUCCGCUCCCCGGUUCUCUGCAUUGCAAAGUUGCUCUCUUCCACAUGGCCUCUUAGCGUUUUUCCAAGUUUCAAAAACAUUUUGAAGCUAGAGCCUUCAGAGUGCGGAACAUUGAUAGUUAGAAGAGCCCAGCUGAUCACAGAGCACUGGAUGGGGAUCUAUUUUCUGCUGUUAGUUGUAGGGCUUUGUUGGGGGCAGUACAACCCCAACACUGUCCCCAAGAGAACCUCCAUUGUGCAUCUCUUUGAAUGGCGCUGGCAGGAUGUUGCUGAGGAGUGUGAACGCUACUUAGCUCCUAAUGGAUUUGGAGGAGUUCAGAUUUCACCUCCAAAUGAAAACGUUAUCAUUACUGACCCCUGGCAACCAUGGUGGGAAAGAUACCAGCCUGUCAGCUACAAGCUGUGCACAAGGUCUGGAAAUGAAACUGAGUUUAAAGACAUGGUGACCCGGUGCAACAAUGUUGGAGUGCACAUUUAUGUGGAUGCAGUAAUCAACCAUAUGUGUGGAGCUAAUGCUGGGGCUGGUGACCAUGCUACUUGUGGAAGCUAUUUCAAUGCAAAGACUGAAGAUUUCCCAGCUGUGCCCUAUUCUGGCUGGGACUUUAACGAUCAUAAAUGUAAAUCUAGAAGUGGAAACAUUGAGAAUUAUCAUGAUAUAUCUCAGGUGCGGGACUGCCGCCUGGUCAGCCUGCUGGACCUGGCCCUGGAGAAGGAGCACGUGCGCUCCAGGAUUGCCGCGUACCUGAACCAGCUCAUCGGCCUCGGCGUCGCGGGCUUCCGCAUCGAUGCUGCCAAGCACAUGUGGCCUGCGGAUAUCAAGGCCAUCUUGGACAAGCUGGAAGAUCUAAAUACUCAGUGGUUUCCUGCAGGAACUAAACCUUUCAUUUACCAAGAGGUAAUUGAUUUGGGUGGAGAGCCCAUCAAAGGCAGCGAGUACUUUGGAAAUGGCCGAGUGACAGAAUUCAAAUACGGUGCCAAACUGGGAACAGUGCUCCGCAAGUGGGACGGAGAAAAGAUGGCCUACUUAAAGAACUGGGGAGAAGGCUGGGGCUUUGUGCCUUCCGACAGAGCCCUGGUCUUUGUGGAUAAUCACGACAACCAGAGAGGACACGGGGCUGGUGGAGCUUCUAUUCUAACCUUCUGGGAUGCCAGGCUCUAUAAAAUGGCAGUUGGCUUCAUGCUUGCCCAUCCAUAUGGGCUCACACGUGUGAUGUCAAGUUUUCGCUGGCCAAGAUAUUUUCAAAAUGGAAAGGAUGUCAAUGACUGGUAUGGACCCCCAAGUAACGCAGAUGGCUCCACAAAGGCCGUCACCAUCAACGCGGACACGACCUGUGGCAACGACUGGGUUUGUGAACAUCGCUGGCGUCAAAUCAGGAACAUGGUUAUCUUCCGUAACGUGGUGGAUGGUGAGCCUUUCUCCAACUGGUGGGACAAUGGCAGCAAUCAAGUGGCUUUUGGCCGUGGUAACAAAGGCUUCAUCAUCUUCAAUAAUGAUGACUGGCCCUUGAAUGUAUCUCUGCAAACCGGUCUGCCUGCUGGCACUUACUGUGAUGUCAUUUCUGGGCAAAAGGAAGGUGACUUCUGUACAGCAGUUGAAGUACAUGUUGCUGCUGAUGGCAUGGCUAAUUUCCUAAUUGGGAAUGAAGACCAAGACCCAUUUAUUGCCAUUCAUGUUAAUGCUAAAUUGUGACCAGAUGUGUUAUACAUGUGCUGUUCCUUCUCCUCUGUAUCUUUGUUAACAGCAAACAGAUGUGCAGAAUGUCCUGCCUCUCAGGACUGCAUGAACCGAGACAGAGCAAAGUGUGUUAGCUGUAAUACUAAUGAACUAGUGAGCAGCUGCUGUACAGAGAUGAAAACUGGUGGUGCCAUGCAUAUCUGGGAGUGGUGCUGCGUGUAUUUGUAAGUGUACUUUAUUCAGUUGAGGUUCUAAUAAAAAAUGGAAGGAGAAGAUUGACAUUAAAUUUAAAA